AUGACGGUCUAUUAUCGAGAGUGGUUAGAGAGGCAUUGCAAAGAAAAAGAAGCUCUUGUUUAUUUUUCAAUAAUAACAUGUGCAUAUUGCGACAAAGUUUUUAUAAAAAGUGAGAAGAAUUACACAAGAAAAUUUAUAAAACACUUAUACGACUAUCAUGGAUUAACAGAAUUAGAUGGCCAUUCAAGAUGUACAGAAUUAAAGGAAAAAUUUGAAAUAAUACAGUGUUACGUUGGAGUAUGUAAAGAACAAAUGUGUAAAUUACAAAUUGUAUUUUUUCGUGGUGUGCACCUCUUACAAAACCAUUUGGAAAUAUAUCACGGGAACAGAUCAAGUAUAUAUAAAAAUGUAAUAAGACAAAACAUGACAGCACAACAUAUUUUGUUAAAUAAUUACUUCAUAACAAGCGACAGUAAGGCGCAGUGUCUAAUUUGUAAGAAGAAGGUAAACUUAAGCAAUUUGGAAUUACAGACUGAAGAAACACUCAAUACAUUAAAAACUCAUUGGGCCAUGCAUUUUAAAAUGAUGCAAUUAGAUGAAGUAUAUCAAUUAGAACAACUUCAACAAGAAGAAGAUAAGAACAUUAUUAAAAAAGAAUUUCGGUUACCUGAUGCAGGAAAAAUCAGACACUACUUUGAGUUCACAUCAGCAGAAAUAGAAAAAUUAAGAAACUUUGACAAGAUAAUAGAAGAAGUCGUUGACUGUGUAGAGUAUAUUAAAAUAAUAAUAACAUUUAAAAUAUGGGAAAUAACAAAUUCGGAGAAAAUAUGUAUAUGUUGUUUAAGAAAAAUGUUUGAUGGCCGUACUCAUAUUAUAAGAAAUCAUUGGGAAUUAUAUCAUGGACUGUUUUCUCUGACAUAUAAAGAAAUAAUAGAUAUAAAAAUAGUACGUGAUAUAUUGGAUCAGUACAUCAUAAUGAGUAACAUAUUGGUGUGCUUCAACUGUAAAGACGUAUUCGAAGUGAAAGCUUUGCUAUUAAACGUUGAAGAACAGCUGAUUAUUUUACUUAAACACUGGCACAUACAUAUUGGGAUAUCUUCAGAUGAUCAAAUAAAACAAGAGGAACAUCUACGAGAAGAAUUUAGACGAAAACUAAAUACAGAAGAAGAAUUAGACGAUAUGUUGGAAAAUUCUGGAAGGGAUGAUCAAGGGCAACAAAGUAGCGACCGUGAUGAUCCUGGAUCGAAUACUUCGACAGACCCAUCAGAACAAAGUGAAUCGAGUAUUUCGAUAGACUCUGGGGCUGAUUAUAAAUAUACGAUCAACUUUACUCUGCCAUCAAGACAAAGUGGAGAACGACAAAGUACUUCAGCGCAGAAUCCGUCUAAGUCAGAUUCUUCGAAUGAAUCACCACCACCCAAACAAAAGAAAAAAGAAACAAGCGAUAAUACUGAUUCAUCUGAAUUAAACUGAAUAUUUAAACAGCAUGAGUUGCGACAUAACUAUCGAAGUAUACGAACAAAUGGCAUCUCCAUAUUUGACUGCAAGGGGAUUUGUCAGAAAGAGAAACAACUUUA